AUGGCUCCGAAGCGGCCCAAGAGCGGGGCUGGCGGCGGGGCUGGUGCGGCGCCAGGGGUCGGCUCCAAAAACUGGGAAUCCGGGCUGGUAGCUGCGCGCCUGGAGGAGGAAAAUUGGGUUCCGAGCGUCGCCUUCGUUGUCGAGAACCAAAUCGAAGAUGAGCUGCACAUGAAGGCUCUGUCUCUUGCCGUGCGCUUGCCACAGCGGAGGCUCUUCAGCAUGAUAUCUUGGCAAGGAAUAAUAGACGAGAUUAUGGAGGUCGGAAAUAUAAAAGCCAAGAAAGUCAAAGAGCAAACUCAGACACCUUUGUAUUAUGAGGCGAUAGAGGUAGCAAAAAACAUUCUGGAUGCAGGAGAACCGCUUCCUGUGACUCUGAUUGGCAAGUUAAUUAAAUAUCAAAUGCUUUGCAUCAAACAGAAAGAUCUGCUGAGACGAGCUGCUGAAAAGAAGCCCCUUGAGGACCAUGAGAAGGAGAAAGAGGAGAAGGGGAAGGGGAAAGGGAAGCCUGCCGGCAAGAAAGAGAGGACGCCGAGCAUCAAGUCUGGUGGAAAAGGAGGGAAAUCGAAGAAGGGACCAGAUGUUCAGCAGACUUCUGCCACAGUCUUUAAAAAGGACACCAAGCUCAAGCGACGCGGGGAAGAGGACGAUACUGAUAAGUACAUUGAUGACGAGCCGGAUGAUGGCGCUCAGUAUUAUUUCAUACUUUGUGGGUUUCCCUAUCCGCAACUCUUGCCUAUCCUGUCUGAACUGGGGAUCCAGGUUGGAAGCGUCAUUAAAAUUUCUUCUGAAAAUUAUGAGCCGCUGCAGUCUUACCUGGAAUCCAUUUCAGAGCCGGAAGACCCCCAACUUGCGCCAGAAGUGUACGAAGCUGAAAAAAAGAAGAAGGAACAGACAAUGAAGGAUCUCAAGAACUUCUGGAAGUACCUGGAACCCAUUCUGAACAGCGGGAAGCCGGGAUCGGCCCUUUUUCAAAUUGCUAGACUCCAUCAUCUCAUCAAAGAGUCAGUCUUGCCAGAUGACUGGACUAAUAUCAACAUGUUGCUCGAAUUCGGAACGGAGAUCUUUGAAAACGUUGCCUGCUUAAUGUACGACUGCCUGGACUGGAGAAGGCAGCAUCAGCACUAUUUGAAGUCUUCCAGAUUUAUUAACGUUCCAGUCAUUGCUGAGAAGAAAAGCAAAUCAGCUUUUGCUGAGGGACAUCUCACAGCUCCAAUUACACCUUCAAGGAAAAAACAGGCUGCUGAAGAGCCCGCAGCGGCGCCAAUUUUAACAGCAGAUGUGAACAUGAGGUAUUACAAUGAUCUGUUGAGCCAGGUCCCUGAAGAACUGGUUUCUGUUCCCUUGAUCAUGCACUGCAUGAUGGAGCAGGUUGUUGCAUCAGAAGAAAACCUCACUCCGCCUAGCUUGGUCAUUCCAGAGCCACGUGAAGACGGGCUGCAUCACGGCGUCGCCAGUCACAUUGUUUCGAUCUUGCCUUCCCUCGCCCUUUCAGAAAGUGAAAAGAAGGAGAUGUACAAUUCUUUCUAUCCUGAAAAACAAGAAAAGACAAAGUCUUACCAAGGGCCUGUGAUCCUGAAUUAUCACGAUGUUUUGUCUCAGAAAUUGCACUACUUAAAGGAACUGGAUAAUUUAGACCCAGCCGAGAUUGAGCGUGAAAUGAUGAGCAAACUGCCUCUGUUUGAUCUUCUUAAAUUUCCUCUUCCAUCCCCUGAAAGCAAUACCAAACGCCUAGCCAGGCUUCACGAGCUGAUGCACUACUGUACCAAUGGGAAAGCUGAGAGCAAGAGCAGCAGGUGUGGCAACUUCCUUGUAUGUUGGUACAAGAAAGUUUGCCACCUGCUGCUUCUGCUCCCCAGGUGCGACGGCUUCCUUGUUCGCUCAGUUGCCAGCGCUCCGCAGGGACCUCCUGCACAGUUGCCCAUUGACUGUUGCGAUACUGGAAGAUCGGAUAAUAGUCUUGAAAGUGUUUUGUCCGGUUCACCUGAAAAUAGGCUAGUUCAAGAGAUAGCAUUAGAAGACAUACAGAAGACUCAACAGCGGUGUUUGAAUGACUGGAGUUUUGCUGAACAUUUCGAGCCGCAUAUUCUUUUCCAGGUUCUUCACAGCGCAACCCAGAAUUACCGAUGCAUUGACUCUUAUUAUCACACUCAGGAUAACUCUUUGCUGUUAGUCCUUCACAAUCCCAUGAACCAACGGCAUCAGUUUCAGGAGUCCUGGAACGUGGCCCUGCACUCCGAUGUUGGUUUCAGGAAUUAUUUGGAAUUGAUAGCAGACUCUAUUAGUGAGUGGGUACUACAAGAAGAAGUUAAAUACCAGGAAGACAAAAUGGCGAAGGAACUGGAAGCACUUAGGUUAGCGAAAGAGAUGGCAGAAAAACCUCCGGUUGAAAUCAAGUCACCACCAUCCCCUAGGAAAGCUUCUUCCUCGUCUAAGAAAUCCAAAAUUCUCAAAGGUGCCAAAAGCAAAACCGAAGUUUCUCCAGAGCCUGUCCCAGAGAAGGAAAAAAACAUUUUUGUCCGCGAUGACUCGCUCAAGGCCUGGAAGGAAGAGCAGGAACGGCUGCUAGAAGAAGAACGGCUCAAGGAGCUGAAAAAAGCCGAGAAGAAGGAAAAAACCCCGGGCAAGAAAAAGGGCCAGGGCAAAGACCCGGUGAUCCCCGAAGAAGGAAAGACGUCUAAAAAGAAAUCCAAAGAAAAAUCUAAAUCGCCCUCUAAAUCGCCAGAGUCAAAUAAAUCACCAGAGCCAGAAGACCAGGCAAAGAGGCACAGUAAACUAAUGAUUCCUCCUCUUCCUCCUGCCAAGAGUUAUGAGGUGUGGCAAAUGAGGUGGGAUGAAGAAAAGGGAGACAAGGGCAAAAACAGUGAUAAAGAAUGCAAAGCGGAGGAGGCUAAGUCAGAUCAGGUCGAAGCAGAUGAAGUCAGGACCCAAGAGCCCAAGGUGGAGGAACCAGCCAACGUCAAUGAAGCCCUGGCAAACAAGACCCAGACAAAUGGAGACCCAAGUGAUGAGGCCAAAGCCGCUGAUAUAUCUGAAGCCGAUGAAACCCUAGGGGAUGUAUCUAGUGGAAGCAAGACAGAAGUUGAAGCAGAGGUGGCCAGCGUGGACAACGAAUCACUCUUUGAAAUUCUUACUAGGCAGAGUUAUCCACAAAGAGUGAAGCAUUCACAGAUGCAGAAUGCGGUCAAGAAACCAGUAGAACAGGAGGUGUCUAGGAUUAUUACCCGACAAGGGACUGUUGUAAAAUACAUGCUGGAUGGGUCCACCGAGAUUCUGUUUGCUGACGGCACCGUGAUCAGAAGCCCUGAUUCUGGCCCUGUGAUGCCGCCUCGCCCUGUACUGAGUACGCCACAAACAGAGGUCACUCCUCCAGAGCCAAGCAUCAAGAAGAGUAAGAAAACGGAGAAAGGAACCAAGGCUGCAAAGACCGAAGUGCUUGAAAUAGUUGUCCUGGAUCACAUGUUAGAUAAUGAACAACCCCCCGACUCCCACGCAGGCACCUGGAUAACUACCACCCCGUUAGGUGUUCAAGUGGGGACCAAGGGAUCCGAGAGACUAGAACUGAAGCCGCUUUUGGCCUACCAAGCCACUGAUCCGGUGAAUGGAACGGUCAUGACGAUGCGGGAAGACAGGGUGGUCGCAGUAGAGAAAACAGAUGGCUCCAGAUUGGUAGAUCAUGCUGAUGGCACCAGGAUCACCACCUUCUUCCAAGAAUGUGAUGAAAUCAUGAGCGACAGCAGUGAGGAAGCAGACUCCGGGCCCCAAAUCAUCACAAGGAGGGUGAAGUGCAUCCGUGUGGAGAAUCCAAACUUUGCAACUAUCAUAACAAAUUCUGAGGACAGUACCUGUUGCGCCAUUUUUGCGGAUGGAACCUCAAUCAUAUCAAAGCCGCAAGGAACUUAUCAAGUGUUGCCCAUGAACAAAGGCCACCUCUUCAUUGACAAAUAUUGCACUGCCGUUUACUCACCAGAGGCGUUUGACAAAAGCGAGUGUGAACUUAUUGCCAAUAAGGAAGACCAGCACAUAGGGAAAUACGUUAUGAAACACAACUCCAACAUUGCCUGUGAGGUGACGGAUCCUGCAGGAAAUAUUUUCAAGGUGAUGGUUGAUGGUAGCACAUUUGAAUUCAUUGCCGGCUGUGACUCAGAGGGGAUGGAAUUGGAACCCAUGCCAGCUCAGGCUCCGGUCAUAUAUGGGGAGCAUGCACCCAGGUUCUUCAUUGUCCACGCUGACGGCUCAGGGACUGAACUCCUCCGUACCAGGGACACGGAUGAAUAUCUGUGUAUGGCUUACGGCGAUCCGGUGACAGCGGUUCUGCAAGAGCCAAUACAAGAAUGCCCAGGCAUCCUGAGCAUUACCAUUCUCUGUCCUUUGACCGAGGCAUCUCGAUGGAUAAGGAAGAACGACGCUGUCAAUAUUAUUCCGUAUAAUCUCCAGUCAAGGUCUUGGGAAGAUUUCCCUCCAGUUGAGAGAAAGACUCCAGGCCCACCGUUCGGCAUGCACGCUUGGAAAGGCCUGAACAUAGAAUUCAAGGAGUUAGCAGGUUCUCUUCCACCUAUAAAGAAAAAUCCACACGUGCUCCAAAUUCGUCGACUGAUCCAAUAUGAGCCAGUGAGCUAUGAGAGGAGGCACUUACUGCAGCUGUCUGUCAAGGCAUACAUAGAGAAAGUCAUAAAGCAAGAAGAUGAGAUGCAAGAAAUGGUUAUUAAAGAUCCAAGAACUGAAGAAGAGAGGAAAAAUGCUGCAGACCUUCUCAAACUAGUGAUGUCUUUCCCUACUAUUGAAGAAUCCUCAGAAGAUCUCUGCAGCGGAGCUCAGAUUGCUGAACUGUACGAGCAAGCCUUCUCUCCGCCGUCUCAAAAUCCAACUGGCAGUAGAGUCAGAAGGACAGCAGAAGAUUAUUGGAAGAGAUUCUGCCAAGCAGAGGCAGAGCAAGUGUCUUCUUGGGAGAUCAAACUAGGACAGACCAGGCAAGAAGUUGAGGAUGGAAAGCAGUGUCUCAUGCGCUUGAGGAAGAAAGAUAUCCCUCCUUAUUUCAGAUCGGAACUCGGCCUAGCAUUUUUGCAAAAGGAGGUUCCAGACCUCGAACAACUUUCAAAAGCGCUCCCUCCAUUUCCGAAGAAAAAAAAUUUGUUGGAAACCAUUACACGUUCCCGUGAAACUGAGAUUACUGACAGCAGCUUAGAAAUCCUGAGCCGUUCAAUCUCGAAAGACCUUUCAGACGAGUUCUUUAAUCUCUCGUGGUGUUCUUCAGUCCGUGCUGAAAUCUAUCCGGAUCCUCCCUCAACAGGUACAGUGUUCAGUUGGGUAGUUGGCGAUGGGAGAGAUACUCGUGUGGCACAAUGGCUAAUGCUGGACUAA